AUGAUUGGAAAGAUAUUUGCCCAUUUCCUUGGUAGCACAGAUGAUGAUUUUUCCACAGAUGACAAUGAAACCUAUGAGGAGCUCAUUGAGUUUGAGGAGGGAGGAUGGGUCAUUAUCAACAUUCAAGAGAACAACUCCUUGACCCCACCUGAGGAAGACCCUUUGGAGAACCUGCUGAUUGAGCAUCCCAGUAUGUCUGUAUACCAGAUCAGACACCAGACCAGUGAUGAGGAAGACUCAGAUGAAGAGGAUGCUUCUCCCAGGCCUGUGCCAGUGAAACAGCACGUGUCCUGGAGGUUAGCUGCCUGGGGCAGCCCGCUUCCAUGCAACGUCCAACUGCUUGCCAUACAGCGAGCCAGGACUCACAUGGAGUGCAAGGAGCUGACCAGGAGUGCUCUCCAGAGACAGAACCUUGCCAAGAUGCGAUUCUCCCCCUCUGACAGACGCUUUGGUCACUUCAAACAACCCUGCCAGCGCCUGUACAACUACUGAGUGUCUACUGAGUAGCCGCACGGUACUCUACUGAGUAACUCUACUGAGUAACUCUACGGUAGUCUACUGAGUAACUCUACUGAGUAACGUCACUGUCUGAAGCCACUUAACAUACAGACCGUAGACAUAUUACCGGUGUCAAUUUCUUUACCCUGAUCAAGGAAACCCCCCCCUUUGCUGAGUAUGUUAUUAACAUGCUGAGCCCAGUUUGAGAGUGAAAUAGCCUUGAGUAGAUGUGUGUGCGCAUGUGAAAAGUAUUAUAACUGGCUUGUUACUGUUAAGUCUUAUGGCUCUGAUAAACUUGUAUUUAGUGUAUGAAAUGCAAAAGGUUUAUAGCACUUGCAAAUGUGAAUUUUAUUGGAUAUGGUAUACUUUUUGCUAUUAUUUUUUGUGCCUUAGAUUUAGAUACGUUGUGGGUAUAUUGCUUGAAGGAAAAGUUGUUAAGUUUCAUAGCUAUGAAAAGCUAUUUUGUAUAUGAUAUGUUACGAUAGAAAACAUCACUCUUGAGUAAUUGGACCUCGGAACAAAUACAAUAUAUGGAAGGAUUAGCAAAUAAUGAUGGACACUGUUUCUAAUGUAUGUUUUGUACUGAGUGAUUCACUUUGUUUUCAUACAUUUAUUCCCAGUGUGUUCUUAUGUUUGCUGUACUGCUACAAGACCUGUUUGUAAAUAUAUUCAGAUUUUUUUUUGCUAUUUUGGUGUAUAUUUAAAUGUUAAAAAUUGUUAAACAAG